UGCUGGUGCCACGUCAGAGCUACAGUACUGUCAUCACCAAAGCUACACUUGUCUGUUCUGCUCUGGUUCUGCUGAAGCUUUAAAUGUUCAUCAUGCUGUACCUGGGUCUGAGCUGUUUGCUGCUACAUGUGUUAGUGGUGUUUGGGACCGAGCUCACCUUUGAGCUGCCUGACAACGACAAGGAGUGUUUCUACGAGGAGCUGGAGAAAGAUGUGAGAUUUGACUUCGACUUCCAAGUCAUAUCAGGAGGAAAUUAUGAUGUGGACUGCUUUGUAACUGAUCCUCUGGACAACGUCCUGUAUAAUGAGAAGAAGAAGCAGUAUGACAGCUUCUCUCACACCACGGCUAUGAAGGGCGUCUACAAGGUCUGCUUUAGCAAUGAGUUCUCCACUUUCACAGAUAAAACUGUGUACCUGGACUUCCGCCAUGGAGAUGAGGAGCCUCUCCUGGAGAGCAUGACUAGAUCUUCAGCGCUGACACAGAUGGAGUCCUCUUGUGUCUCCCUCCAUGAGAUCCUGAAGUCGGUGGCUGAGUCUCAGACAUGGUACAGGUUAAGAGAGGCUCAUGACCGCAUUAAAGCGGAGCACCUCCUCGAGCGAGUGAGCUACUGGUCCAUUGGAGAAACCGUCCUGCUGUUUGUCAUCGGCAUCGGACAAGUGAUCAUGCUCAGAAGCUUCUUCAGUGACAAGAAAGGCUCGUUGGCAGCCGCUACUUAGAGUUUGUAGUCCUGGUUUGCUUUGUUGGUAUGAACACUUAAAUGCUUCUGGAGAUCAUCUUGUUGAAGUUUAAGUGAACUUUUUAUUAGGGGGAUAGUUCAGGAAGUUUUCUUUAUUUUAUUUUGCCCCGUGUCAACUUGAGAGACAAAUGAUUGCCUUUUUCAUGUCUUUAUAUUUACAGUUGUAAACUACAGUAGCUUUACUGUAAAGAAGAACCGCUGAUAUUUUUGUUGAAAUGGAGAUUGACACAUGUCAACCUUGCACUUAAUAUUAAUUUAUUUAAAAAAAAUAAAAAAAAACAACAUGAAGCAGCUUAAGUUAGAUCUGUUUAUGACCUGGAUGCCUUAUUAAACAACAGCCAUUGGUACCAGCAAUUACACAGAAAGUUGUGGCACACUGAUAGAAUCUAAGUAUGUUUUGUUUCUGAAUGUGAGUGAUAUUUGUUACUGUGGGUUAUGUUUGUUACUAGUAGGCUACCUUCAUUUAUGUGACAAAGUAGUUGAAAGAGCGCUGUCUGCCUCAUUUGUCUCAUACAAAGUGCCUGAUCAAUUUGAAUUUCCCUUCAAGCUCAAAGUUGACUGUUCAUUAGAAUUUCUACUUCACCAUCCCAUUGUUACUGAUUGAUUGUAUUCUUUUCCAUUAAGUUGUGAAUUUGAGUCCAUGAUAUUUCUUAUUGAGAUACAUCGAGUGGCUUAUACAGUAAAUAUCUUUUUUUU